AUGACCACCACUUCCCACGAUUCUCCUCAGUAUUCGCCUUAUUGCUUACCCUCCUUCCGCCCUGUCUCUUUCCAAAGGCCACAGCCUCAGCCUCAGUCUCUGUCUCUGUCUCUGUCUCAGCAAGAAGCCCCAUACCUACAUUACUCCAAUAUCAACAACGUAACAUACGACCUUGACUUUUUCAACGUCGACAACAUGGCCGCCGCAACUGCUAGUCACAGACGCCCCCAUCAAGACGACUCCAGCGUCGCGCAGGCUCUUGAGAUUGCUCGUGAAAGCCCUGAUGGCUCAUCAGACCCUACUAUCAGCAAGAUACUCGAGAGUGCUCUGAAACGAAUCUGGUUCAAGGUGGAAAUGCAACCCGACUCAUAUGUCAUGACUCGAGAUGAGUUCGCUGUCUUCAACUUUUUUCAGGACCGCUUCAUCAACAGCGUCCACACCAAGAAGGCAGUGGACGCUCGAAAGCGAUACUGGGACAACACUCAUGCUUGA